AUGCCCGCCCCUCCGUCUCCCCUGAAACUCUCACACCGCUAUCGAUCAUCUAUCGACGACACACCAAUCUCCCCCGGGACAGUAGGAAAUGGGUUCUCACUAGCAAGUCCUCGAUCACCGCAGACACCCCGUCUAUCAGCUCCACCGUCCCCCAUUACCUCCCGUCAUAAUUCCACCGCCAUGAGCGGGUACCAAGAAUCUGGCGAAUUCACCGGCACCGCCGAUGCAGGUGGGGGAGGACUGGGCAACCUGGCGGACGAACUAGCCGAUGCGUGGGAAGAAGAAGACGAUGGGUAUGGGUAUGCGUCAGGCCAGGAAAUGAGUCGCGCGGGGUCACAACAUAUGGGUGUUAGCGAUGGAGAAGACACAUUCCUUCAAUCGGAGCGUGGCAUGCGCACCCGGUCACCAUCGGUCUCACCAGAAAGAGACUCUCUCCAUCCGUCCAGGAAUAAGAACCGAGCAAACCAUCUGCGACAGCACCGCCGGCAGGAGUCACAGUAUGAUGGCUCGGAUUAUGGACCUGAUUCGGAUCUCGAUGAGGCCGCUGAUAUCUCUCCCGCACUUGAGAAUCAGAUGGCUGAGAUUGAAAGUCUGGUGCGACGGGGUAUAGAGAAUAAUGGAAGCGAGAAUGACCAUGUCAUUAAGCGGACGGUGGAAUCGCUGAAGGAUCUCGGUGGGCAGAGUGGGAUUGAAAACAGUGCCAUGAGACUUAUUACCGCCCAUUCUUCAAUUACGUCGCAUUUGACACACCAAACCCGCACUCUCCAAUCUCUCAUUCACCCCCUCUUGUUCUCUCCAUUCCCCCUCCUCUCCGAAGAAGCCAUCGACUCUCUCAUGCCUCUCAUCGAUGAAGGCCUGUUGCCCAAUCUCCCAUAUCCAUUCCCUGAUCAUCCCCGGCACGGCUCCAGGCCAGUCACCCCCCAGUCAUCCGCUCAAAAUCCUCUCGUGUCUCUCCAAUCCCUCAUCUCUCAAACUGCCGAAAUCACCCAGUUACUUCGCGGACUAAGCGACACUCUCUACGAGUCACGGCAGUUGACAUCAACUGCUUCGCGAAGACUACGGUCUGCGCGAGAACUUGUCGCUGAUAUUCGACGGGAAGAAGAGAGUCGUGAGGAAGGUUCACGAUGGAUUGAAAAGGGUGAAUGGGACCGCCGGUUGAAAGAUCGCGAGGCUGGCAAGGUCUGCGGUGAUGUCGUUAGUGGAUUUGAGGCUGUCUGUGGCGAGUGGCGGGAGAAGCUAUUUGGAGCUAAUGCAGAGGUUGCUGCAGCAUAA